AUGCGAUUAAUAACGUUCCCUGGACAGGGUACACCUAUUGCUAUACCAGUGUUGAAGUCUGUGAUCAGAAAUAAAUCCAAGGAAUUUCAAAAUGUGCUCGAAAGGAACGGUAAAGGAUCUGAUGAUUUGUUGCAAUACGUGUUGCAGAACCCAUCGAGCCCCGGUAGCAUAGCAGUGUGUUCGAAAUUGUACUAUGACUUGUACAGGUCAAGUGUGCGAGAAGAUUCAGGACAGGAGAUCUUGUUGGGACACUCUUUAGGGGAAUUGACCUGUUUGAGUGCCAACUCGCUGUUCUCAUUGAGGGAUCUUUUUGACAUUGCCAACUAUAGAAAUGAGCUGAUGGUUAGGUGUACGGAGAAGUACCUACAUGCGCAUAGGAUUAGUCGGUCGUCGCUCUUUGAGAUGUGGGCUCUGUCGUCUCCACGAGCCACUGACUUACCUCAGGAGGUCAAACAACUACUCUCGUCUUUGCCGAUCCAAACUGUUUCCAUUGCGAAUGCUAAUUCUGUGAAGCAGUGUGUCGUGACGGGGCUCGUGGAAGACCUGGAGUCACUUAGAACAGAAUUGCAUUUGCGGUUUCCGUUACUCAGAAUUACAGAAUUGACAAACCCUUUCAAUAUUCCGUUCCACAACAGUGCUGUGUUGGGGCCUGCUCAUGGGCAAUUGUACGAAUAUAUUUGGCAGAUACUGAAGAAAAACCAUACCAAUACGUUUACAGAAUUGGAGUCACCGAUAAUAGCCAAUCUGGAUGGCCAAAUCUCUACAUUGGUGCACCAUGCGCUAGAGCGGUUUGUCAAAUGCAGUAGCAAUACAGUUCAAUUCACCAUGUGUUACAAUACAAUCAAUGAGGACUUGAAGGGCCAACUUGAAGAGUCUGUUUCCAUGGGACCAGGAGCAGUGAUUUACAAUUUGAUAAGAAGGAACUGCCCUGAUUUGAAAAAUUACGAAUAUUCUUCUUUAACGACAAUUGAAAAGUAUAAUGACGACCAUGAGAUUAAGACGUAA